UUAUAAGCUAUUAUGUAGUGUACUUUAUGUUCAAGUCGUUUGGAAACAAGCCUAAGUGGCCAUUUUGGGAAAAGAAAAUGGCACAGUGGCUGGUUUGGUGUCGCGACCCCCAGGCAUGGAGGAUGAAACACAGGAGGAAAUUCUUGGCCAGUUUAAAGAAAAGCGUUUGGGCGCAUUGGGUCUGUUACAGCUGACAGCGGGGACAGGACUGGCAGUGUACGCCAUGUGGGCAGGGGUUUUGAUGCCUGGGUUUCGCAGAGUGCCCCUGAAACUACAGGUCCCGUAUAUACCAGCCAGUAAACGGCAAGUGGGCAACGUUAUGACUCUGCUGAAGGGCCGCUCUGGAGGAAUCGCUGACCUGGGCUCAGGAGAUGGCAGGAUUGUUUUAGAAGCAAGCCGACUGGGUUUCUCGCCUGCUGUAGGCUACGAGUUAAACCCAUGGCUCCUCCGGCUUUCAAGAUUUCACGCUUGGAGAACCGGUCAUUAUGAUAAAGUCUCUUAUCGGAGGGAAGACCUGUGGAAGGUUAAUCUUUCAGGCUAUGAGAAUAUCACGGUGUUCUUGGCUCCGAGUGUGCUUGAACUUUUGCAAAAGAAGUUACUAGCUGAGCUCCCUGAAGACGCCGUGAUUGUUGCUGGUCGCUUUCCUUUUCCUGAUUGGACACCCUGCAGAACAGAAGGGGACGGUGUGGACAGAGCAUGGUCCUACCACAUACAAGCUCUCAGAAAACACCAUCUGUUAUCAGAAGACAGCAGGUCAAACGAACCAGCCAGCUGAUCCAGAAGUCAUGUGACUUAUUUAAAAAAAAAAAAAAAAAAAAAAUUUUAAAGGGACUUUCUAGCCCUGUUAUUUUAAUGAUUUUAUUAUUGUUUUACUAGACAGUUUUAUUUCUGCAAAAGGACUGCAAUAUAUUCAUGUAACUUUCACUUUCACUAUUGCAUACUCUUAAAACUGUGCUUGUAUGGUACCACAACAGUAUUCAAUGAGUUCAAUGAUGCAUAAUACCAGACAUGUUUUGAACUCAUGUCAUGUGACUUGGUGGUUGGUGGUAUCUACAUCCACACUUAAUGACUGGUUUAAUUUGUACACCAAAAUAAUGCUAAAGGCUGCUUCCCUUUUAGCACCACUACACACUACAGUGUUACUUCCUGUCACUGUUUAGUCUGUGCACAAAUACUAUGGCUAGCAAUACUAUUAUGGUGGUCAGUGGCUGCUCUUUGUUUAUUUUUUAUUUUUUUUAAUCUGUAAAAAGUCCACAGGCAAUGUUCACCUAUAUAAAUGUGCCAAAAAAAAAAAAUACCAGUGAAUGUAUGUAUAUGCUAAGAACAUUUAUAAAAUUAGCCACUGGGUGAAUAGUAUACAGAAUGCUGGUAUUUCAAGCUGAUCAACCAUCGUUACAGGAUGUGUUCCUUUUAUGUGUCAUGUAGGAGCCUCAAAUCUGCAUUUUUCUAAAUCACUCUUUGUUUCUGGAUGUGUGUCUGAGAGAGACAGAGAGAUCUCUUUGAAGCACCCGAUUACUUCCUGCUUCUCAUUGCGACCUGAUUCAUUUCACACACUCUUGAAAAAAUAAAAAAUAAAAGAAAAUAUCUGUUUCCUCUUAAA